AUGGCCGACGCAGUGGCGGCUGCUGUGCCACGUGUCGUGUCCCAAUUGAACGAUCUGGGGGCGUUCCCGAGCGCCACGUGGGUGGAAGGCGCGCUUCGACACAUAGUCGCGACAGACCCGUCGAUUGAUCUACUCGUUGAGAGAGGAAGAGUAGGAGGAUCAGCGCGCGACGGCGGGGGGAGACUGGAGGGGGAGCGGGAGGCGUGGCGAGAAGUGGUAACCCGAUGCAUGGCGUUACUGCUACUAACGGAUCUAAGAGCCGUGUCGUCCAAUAGCGGCUGCUUGCCCGCUAACGUGCACGCCAUGCACGACCAGACGCUGCGAGGAAGCUUCCUUCUUCAGGUGGACGAGGUGGUCGACAUAUCCGUGCCCCUCAGGUUCCGCUACCCCCCUUCCCCUUCCGCCGCUGGCGCAGGGCGGGGGGGGGAAGGCAGGGGGGGAGGCAGGGGGGGAGGAAGGGGGCGGGGCCGGGGCAUGGGGGACGGCAACGGAAGUGGAGCAGCGGGAAUGGGCGGAGGAACGGGGGAGGAGCAGCAGUGGGGAGGCGGAGGGGGGGCCGGGGGCGGGGGCGGGGGAGGCGGAGGCGGGGGAGGGGGAGGGGGAGGCGGAGCGGGGGAGGGAGGGGGGCAGGGUCGGCGGUGUGUGAAGGUGCAGCUGACGGAUGGUGUGCAGGCGGUGUGUGGCAUGGAGUACCGCCACGUGCCCGCCCUCUCGCCCUCCAUGGCCCCCGGCUGCAAGGUGAUUCUAAGAGACGUGCUUGUGAGGAGGGGCCUGUUGCUCUUGCUGCCUGAACUCGUGCAAGUCCUGGGAGGACACGUGGCACACUUGGAGGCUGCCAGGUGUCGCAUUGCGGACCACUUCUCUCGCCCCUCUCGCCCCCACUCACUCUCACGGGGUCGUCUCUCUGCUCGUUCCACCUUGGAGACCACCACUCUAAUGCUAGCACAAGAGUGCGUGGUGGUGGGGGUGAAGGAGUUCAGCUAUCGCACGCCCGGUGUGGUGCGCCUGGUGGUGUAUGUCGAUGACGGCUGCUCCCUUAUGCCUGCUGCCGUGCACCCUGCUGAGAUAGCGCGCCUGCUGCACAUGGAUGAGGCGGCUCUGCUCGCCAUCACCCGCUCGCCCUCUCUGCCGCCUCCCUUCCGCUCCGCGCUCAUGCGCCUGCAAGCCUUCCUUGCUUCCUUUGAGGGGCUUAUCCAAGUGGGCUAUUCUCAGUCGCAUCCUGCCUCAGGCACCAACUCAGCAGGUGUCAAUGCCUCCAAGGGGGCAGCGGCGGAGCAGCAAAGCAGGGCAUGGGAGUUGACGAUAUUCCACAUGAGCACAGGUUGCAGAGGGGUAGAUCUCAGGCUGAUUUCAGAUAGAGUGGCUUCGGCAUGGGAGAAGUUUAAAAGUUGA